UUUGGAGCCUUGGAGCCCGGGCUCAGCCAGGGAUCCAGCGGCAGUCGCAGCGGAGCCGCCACCUUCCCCCGCACGGGCCUCAGCCCCUCCGGCUUGGCCAUGGCAGCCGCCUCCUCCACUGCGGCGAAUCGGGCCCCUUCGCUCCUCGCCCGUCGCUGAGCAGCCGUUAAGCCGCCCGCCCGCCCGCUCGCCCUGCUGCGGGCGCUGCCACGGCCCAGGCUCCGCACAAGUUUCCGCCGCGGGAGAAGCAGGAGGCGAAGGCGAAGGAGGACGGACGUGGGGAAUCGGGCGCCCCCGGCCCACCCGCCCGCGAUGUGGGGGCGCUUCCUGGCCCCGGAGGCCAGCGGCCGGGACAGCCCCGGCGGGGCCCGCAGCUUCUCGGCCGGCCCCGAUUAUUCAUCAGCAUGGUUACCUGGUAAUGAAUCAUUGUGGCAGGCCACAGCUGUUCCAUCUAACCAUCGAAAUAACCAUAUCAGGAGACAUAGUAUAGCUUCUGACAGUGGAGACACCGGCAUUGGAACUUCCUGUUCUGACAGUGUGGAAGAUCAUUCAACUUCAAGUGGCACGUUAUCUUUUAAGCCUAGUCGAUCAUUGGUUACUCUUCCUACUGCCCAUGUGAUGCCAUCCAACUCCAGCCCUUCAAUUUCCAAACACAGGGAAUCAUUAACAUCAGAUGGCUCAAAAUGGAGUACAAACUUCUUGCAAACAUUGAGAGACCACAGUAGGGGGCAGCAGGACUCCUCUCUCGACAUGAAGGACUUUCGGCCUCUUCGGAAAUGGUCAUCUUUAUCCAAACUCACAGCCCCAGAUAAUUGCAAGGAGGGUGGCACUGCACCAGCAGAAGAGUCAAGGAACGGUUUGGAAAAGACAGGGCGGGGCAAGGCUUUAACAUCACAAUUAAGGACAAUUGGGCCUAGCUGCUUACAUGAUAGUAUGGAGAUGCUUAAGCUAGAAGACAAAGAAAUAAAUAAAAAACGGUCAUCAACUCUGGACUGCAAGUAUAAGUAUGAGAGCUGUAGCAAAGAAGACUUCAGAGCUUCUUCUGCUCUAAGGAGACAAACUUUAGACAUGACAUACAGUGCCUUACCUGAAAGCAAGCCCAUUAUGAUGAGCUCAGAGGGCUUUGAACCCCCAAAAUACUUAGGACUUGGUCAGCAGGCCGUAGGUGGAGUUCCCAUUCAGCCUUCUGUGAGGACUCAGAUGUGGCUUACAGAGCAGUUGCGGACAAACCCUUUGGAAAAUAGAACUACAGAGGACUCUUACAGUUUAGCUCCUUGGCAACAGCAGCAAAUUGAAGAGUUUCGACAGGGAAGUGAAACACCAAUGCAGGUUUUGACUGGAUCAUCUCAUCAGAGUUACUCACCUGCCUAUCAAGAUUUCAGUAAGUGGGAAUCAGUGCUGAAAAUAAAAGAAGGACUUCUAAGGCAAAAAGAAAUUGUAAUUGAUCGGCAGAAGCAACAAAUUACCCACCUACAUGAGAGGAUAAGGGAUAAUGAAUUACGGGCACAACAUGCCAUGUUAGGACAUUAUGUAAAUUGUGAUGAUUCUUAUGUGGCUACUUUGCAGCCACAAUAUGAGAACACUGCCCUCCAGACUCCAUUUUCAGAGCAGUCAGUGUCCCAUUCCCAGCAAGAUGAACUGGAGCAAAAGCUUGCAUCUACUGAGAAAGAGAUUUUACAGCUCAAUGAGUUUCUCAAACAAAGAGUAAGCCAAUUUAAUGAAGAGAAGAAAAAACUAGAGGAAAAGCUUAAAACCAGAGAUAGAUACAUCAGUAGCCUGAAAAAGAAGUGCCAGAAGGAAUCUGAACAAAACAAAGAAAAACAGAGAAGAAUUGAGACGUUGGAAAAGUAUCUGGCUGAUCUUCCAACUCUGGAUGAUGUACAGAGUCAAAGUCUACAGCUGCAGGUUCUAGAAGAAAAAAAUAAGAAUUUGCAAGAGACUUUGAUUGAGACAGAAAAAAAGCUUGAAGAGAUCAAAAAACAAUGUCAGGAUAAAGAAGCACAGUUAAUAUGCCAGAAAAAGAAAGAAAAGGAGUUAGUAACUACUGUUCAGAGUUUACAGCAAAAAGUAGAAAGAUGCCUUGAAGAUGGAAUCCGCCUUCCCAUGCUAGAUGCAAAGCAGCUUCAGAGUGAAAAUGAUAAUCUCAGAGAACAAAAUGAGACUGCUAGUAAGAUAAUAGACAGCCAACAAGAUGAGAUUGACAGAAUGAUUGUAGAAAUUCAGUCAAUGCAAGGAAAACUUUCCAAAGAGAAAUUGACAACUCAAAAGAUGAUGGAAGAUCUGGAAAGGAAAGAAAGAAACCUCCAGAGAUUAACAAAAGCACUGCUUGAAAACCAAAGACAAACAGAAGAGAUGUGCCCUUUACUGGAUCAGGGCCAGGAAACAGACCAGUCUAAGCAGCAGACAGUGCUUUCCAAACGGCCACUGUUUGACUUGACUGUGAUUGAUCAGCUGUUCAAGGAAAUGUCAUAUUGUUUGUUUGACUUGAAAGCAUUGUGUAGUAUUCUUAAUCAACGUGCUCAGGGCAAGGAGCCUAAUCUUUCAUUAUUACUGGGUAUCAGAUCAAUGAACUGUUCAGCUGAAGAGACUGAGAAUGACCACAGCCCAGAAACACUCACUAAAAAGCUGUCAGAUGUGUGCCAAUUACGGAGGGAUAUUGAUGAAUUAAGGACUACAAUAUCAGACCGCUAUGCUCAGGAUAUGGGAGACAACUGCAUUACCCAGUGAUCAAGUAUUGGUCCCACAGCAAUAAUGACCCACUGUAAAUGCUGCUGUGUUUCAGUUCUUCACCUUUCUAUUUAGGAGUUACAGUGGGAUGUUGCAAGUGACAUAUGACUUGCUUAUAGAUUUUUUUUUUUCCUGUGGAUGGAUUUGUUUAAUUAAGGGGAAAGGAUGUGAGGUUUUGAAGGGGGCUUGUCUGCUUAGGCAAAAAUAUCAAAUUAUCAUUUGAAAAUUGUGAUAAAGUCUACAAGAAAAAAAAUCUAUAUUCUCAAAACUACUGAUUGGUAGGACCAAGCUGUGAAGAAUGUCCUUCAGAUAAAGGGGUAAGAUUUCUUUGAAUCCUAUAAUUUUGUGUGUUUGUAAGUGCAUGUAUGUGUGUGUGUGUGUGUGUACUUUAUUCACAAAAUUAUAAGGAUUUCAUCUAAGGUCAAAGCAAAACUCCUGAGAAAGGCACACAUUAUUUAUUUGUAUAUUUCUUUUGUGUAGAAGCUUGUGUUGUACUUUGGGAUUUUUAACAGUUGGCUGAACAAGAGUUCCAGUAGCAGUGGUACAGCAGGCAAAACUGUAUGUAGUUUGAACAAUCACUGUGCUGAGAUGAUGAGGUUGUGGAGUUGGGUUGAUGUUAGUACUGUAGAUAGGUCAGCUGUUUUUCCAGAGUGAUUGUCGUUUGCCUUAGAGGUAUGAAAUUUUGAUAUGACAAUCUUUUUCAUUAGCACUGUAAUUUAUUACAAGGAAGUUCAUCUGAACUAAUUUUAACAUAUCCAUUACUAUUUAUAAUUUUUAUUUACAUAUUAUAUCUGUCAAUAUAUAUAAAGCCAUAUAUAAUUAAAUGCAAGCCUCGUAAGGUGUGAUAUAAUUAAUGUCAAAGAAAGAUUAACACAGUGACUCUGGAACAAUAGCUUAUUUAUCCAGAUCUCAACGUUUACAUUUGACAGUUUUCUGUAUGUUUUAAAAUUGAAACUAAGAGAAAGCCAACACAUAUUCUUUGUAUCUAAAUUUACACUAACAUAAACAACCUAUACUUAGGUAUUGUUAAUUUCCUGUUACUAGAUAAGGUAUGUUAAAAACAGGGUUCUUCACAGAAUAUGAGAUUGGCUAGGCUAGUUCUCCAUGUGGAGUACAGGGUAUUACUAUGAAAUGCAACUGAUCAUUAAAUAGACACACAAUCUUUUGACACUUCCAAGUGACUAAUGUCCAUGUUUAGUUGAUAUUUUGGAAAGCCCAUGUAUUUUUUGACCUUCAGAACAUUUACAUUAUUUUGGGUGUGCUUAGUUAUGGCAGAGUAUUUUCCUCUAUAAGUUGGUUUGCUUUCUUCAUGUAACUAAGUCUUAUUUAGUUCAAGACUACAUAAGACGUGGAGGGAUAAAGGAUGAGUCAAACACAGUGAUACUGUUGUGGGCAAGAGCAGGUUACAUGCAUCUUUUUUGCCAGGCUUUUGUAUUGAUACAAAGGCUGCUCCUAGAAAAUAUUUUUCUUAAAUAUUUUCAACAGUGAAAAUAAAUGUGGGACAAAGCCUUCAAAGAGACUGCCUAGAAAAACAGUUCAAACUUUUGGCUUAUAUACAGCUCUCAGUAAGUUGUUUUAUGGUCACAUGUGAGCAGUCAGUUGUCGUACAUUUGUGAAGACGUCAGAUUUCCCUUCUGUGCACUACCUGAGUCCUCCCUGCUCUUCUUACUUCUUAGGUUCUGGGCACUUAGAUUAAGUCAGUGCUUUGUAGGGAUUCUGCACCCCAAGUCCCUAAGCUAAGGAGGGAUGUAGUCACUGGUCAGAACUUUACUUUCUAAUGUGUUCAUUGAUUUUUAAUGUUAGUGAUUUGAAAAUAAUCAAGGAAUAAUGAAUUUGUAUCAAAAAUCUGAUGCAAAGAAUUAUGCCUUGCAAAAUUAAUUCCUGUGAAAAUAGCCUUUACAGUAUAGUAGUUAAUAAUAUCUACAGAUCAGCUGAAAGUGCACCAUUUUUAUAUUGUCUUUAAUAGAAUCCCUGCCCCCUUACCAAUAUUUUGCAAUAAAAGCACACUAAAAUAAUAGAACUGAUGAGCAAACAAUCACUCAUUUGAAUCCGCAGGUCCUUUAAUUAAUUCUCUCCAAGGUUUUUAAUAUAUGUUUUAGUGUCGUUAUAAACAAAUUUACAGUCAUUUAUUUUAGUCUGUUGUAGAAACAUUUUUGUUUUUUGGUAUAGUUGGGGAAAAUACAGUUUUAUUUGUAUUAAGUUAUUUUCUAAAACAGAAUACUAAAAAAUUUUCAUGUAGUGGAAGACUAAAUACUUUUGAUACAUUUCAGUGUCCAACAUGUGUAUUUCUCAUUUAAAAAUUAGUAAAGGUGUGAUAGUCUAACUUCUAAUUACAAAAUUUAAUCUUUUAGAGUUUGGAUUUUUGUGAAGUGGCCUUGCUAACAAAUAGCCUCAGGGGGAAUUUGGGGGAAUGAAACUAGUAGUGUUCUACCUUGACAGUAUUCAAAUUUUGAUUUUUAUUUUUCUGAAGAGUACUCUUUCCCAAGACACUCUCUUGUGUGAUGAUGAUAGUGCAUUGAAAACAGAUUUUAUUGUUAGGUCAAGAUGGACAAAUAGCAGCACUGUAGUGUCUCACCCCAGUUUGAACUAGGAUGUUCGUGGAAGUUAGUACAGUGACAUAUGCCUGAAAUGAAGAUUAACCUAAAUUUUAAGGUAAAUCUAUUUGAAAGUUUCUGUAGAUAAUGAACCUUCUUUUUAAUUAUGCUUCUAUGAAUUAAAUGUCUCCUUACGAGAUAUCUCAUAUAAUAUUAUCAUUAACCAUUAGUCUUUUGCACUUUGAAGUUGAUCUUACUCUGUGUCAGUCACUUUUCAGCAGAGAUAAAAUAACAGUUGUCUCAAUGAAAGACCCAAAUUACCUGUGCAGAUAAAAAUUAACUUUAUUUGAUGUCAGAAAAAAUAGGGUGACUUGAGUUAAACUGUUAGUAAAUUUUCAGUUGCAUCUAAUUUUAAAAAAACAUAAAUAUGGCCUAGGUAAUAUACACCUGAAUUUAUUUUAAAAUAUGUGUGGGCCCUCUUUCUAUGUGAAAUAGAAUUCAAUAUUUCUUGUUAGCAGUAUUAUAUUUGACUGAAAUAUAUUUUGUUUGUGAUAAUUUAUUAAACUGAACUAGACUUAUUUCAGUAAUUUGGUAGAGAUCUCAAGGGCUGUAAAGAGUUGUUAAAAAUGAAUGUUGUACAGUUCUGACUCACUAAUAAGUUUAUAAAUCUAUCAUUGUGCAGCACUUAAUAGCAGUCUCCUAGAGAAUAUUUUUAGAGGACUACUUUAUUAAUGAAAUAGACUUUAAAUACCAGUAUUAGUUCAUUGAAUGACAAAAUAGCUGCAAACCUGGACAUAUUUUUACAUGGUAUGGUUCAGAUCAAGCACACCUUUAGUUUGGAUUAUUGGUAUUCUAUUAUGUAGAUUUCUAUCAUUGUAGAUAUGUAAUUACAAUAGUAAACAGUUCUCAUAACCAUGCUCAUUCAGACUCUAUGAAACUGCCAUUAGCUGAGGCUCUCAGAUCCAAAAUUAAUUUGUUUCCAUUGUUGGCAGUUCUUUUCAGUAUUCACAAAGCAAAAGAAAUUUCCCAUUUGGUAUGAAGAUGUAAAUUUCCAUCCUUACCCCAGAAUGCCAUGAGUGGUAUAUUGCUGUAUGAUUAUAUCAUACAUUUAAUCAUGAAGGGGGAAGAUUUUGGAUUUUUCUUAUAAGAAAUAUUGAAUAUAAUAAGAAUAUUGUUUCAAAUCAUUAAGUCAGUAACAACACUUUUGGACCUGCAUAUAGCAAGAACCUUUUGUGCCUUUUUGCUUGCAGUAAGCAUUCAUUUCUGUUUUACAUGGCUAUUAGAAUGUUGAUGAUUAUUGCACCUUGUUCUUCUGCAAAUAGACUUAAUUAAGGACUUUUUUUUUUUGAAGCAAGGAGCAGUUUUUCAUUACUAAAUGGGCACCCUAGUAAACAUCAGAGGAGUUAUCAGCUGUGUCUUUGGAGCCCACCCUUCCCUGUAUAGUGAGUGGAAAACUUCUUUAGAAUGUAUUCAUUUGUGUGUUUGUGUAUGUACAUUUAUGAAUAGUUAUUUAAGUAUAGAGACAAAAUUUAGCAUCACAUUGGUGUGAUGACAAGAAGUAGUAAGGUGCUAGGUGAUUAUAUUAAAAGCACAGCAGAGUGUAUAAUCAGUCCCUGUGACUGGUGGUAUUGUAAACUAGGUUCAGUUAUUGAACCACUCAAAAUACCUCAUGUAAAUACAGUGUUCAUGACUUAACUGAAAUACAGUUAUUGUAAAAAAGAAUGUGAAGCCACUGGUUGGCUCAUGCCUUUGGAUCUAUCAUUCUUGCCUCUUUUUUUUAUAAAGGGGUUGUUUUUGUUCUUGGUUUUUAAUAGCGUUACAGCUAGAAUUUUGAAUGCCAAAGUUCUAUUUAUUAAAUUAAGAAAAAAGUUUUCACUGUUAACGGCUAGUAUUUUUCCACUGGACUAUUGUUUGUUGAUGUUGAAAUUUGUA